AUGAUCACAGAUGUUCGAGGAUUCGACAUUUCAGACGUAAAACUAGACGUGCAAGCAUACUACUUCCAGGAAGGAGACCAUGACUCUCCCUCCAAGCGACGGACUGCUGGAAUCGACGCCGACGAGGACGACAUGCCUCAGCUUCGAGUCACAAUGUUACCAAGCAGGUCGCUGAACGGAGCCUGGGACUCUUUGGUAUUCGAUGAUCCAAUACCGUCUCGACUACUAAAGUUCAUGACACGCAUGAUGACUCUCUUCAGGAACCCAGCCAUCAACUCCUCCGUUAUUAACUGGAACCGCUUGAUGCUUCUUCAUGGCCCACCAGGCACUGGAAAGUCGACGCUCGCCAAAGCACUGGCGCAAAAGCUUACCAUUCGCCUUGGCAAACACUUCACUCAAGGCAAGCUUGUUGAGAUUAACGCACAAGCUGUUCUUAGCAAAUGGUUCGGUGAGAGUAGCAAGCUUGUCGGCAGAAUGUUUGAUGCCGUGCUAGCUCUCGCUGAAGAAGAAACAACGCUUGUCUGCUUGGUGAUCGAUGAAGUGGAGACGUUGACUAGUUCGAGAGAGAAAGCAUCGAAUAGCAAUGAGUGUGGCGAUGCCGUCAGAGCAACGAACCAGGUUCUCACGGCCCUCGAUCAACUCCGUCACCGCCAGAAUGUGAUCGUCAUCUGCACAAGUAAUCUCAUCGAAACUAUCGAUGUAGCAUUCCUAGACCGGGUGGAUAUCAAGCAAUUUGUUCCAUGCCCGCGUGCAGAGGCCAUUUUCGAUAUCUUUCGUUCAUCUAUCAACGAGCUAAUCCGCUGCGAACUGCUAGUCCCGUCGCCAGACCCUAAAGACGUAGUCGUAUGGCACCCGCGUGUGCCCAUGAAGGUCCAUUACGAGCACGCCUGGGAAACCGACGCCUGCUGGAGGAAAGAAUUCGCAGAGGCAAAGUUCAUCUUUCCUCUUCAUGUUACGAUAACGAACCUGAAUCACCGCCCCAAUUCUCCAUCGCGGAGAGUUUUGCGAGCCGCAAAACGGUGCGUGGGUUUGAGCGGGCGAACUCUCCGUCGCCUACCGUUCCUAGCACUGGCCAUGUACACCGACAGGGAGCCAUGUAAAGUAUAUGAGGGACUCGCAGCGCUCAGUAGAGCUAUCGAUGUAGAGUUGAAGAAGAAUGAGCCGAUGCAAGAACGCAUCAAGGACAGUUAUGUGGACGAGAAAGACAUGGAGGAGGAAGAGCUGGAAGAAGAUGGGGAGAGACCGUACACGCCAACUGUACAACAUCCUUACUACGACAUGACGAAUAGCUGA